AUGGAGCCCGUCCCGGAGAAGGGCGCCAAAACCACGGAGGUGGCCAGUGGGGGAGUUGGUGCCCAGAAUGAGGAGCCUGGCAUGCUGCAUGAAUCAGCAGAGGAUUUGUUUCAUUUCAAUGUUGGGGGCUGGCAUUUCUCAGUUCCCAGAAGUAAACUUGCUCAAUUCCCAGACUCACUGCUGUGGAAAGAGGCUUCAGCUUUGACAUCUGCAGAAAGCCAGAGGCUGUUCAUUGACAGAGAUGGCUCCACAUUUAGGCAUGUGCACUAUUACCUCUACACUUCCAAGCUCUCCUUCUCCAGCUGUGCCGAACUGAACUUGCUUUAUGAGCAAGCCCUGGGGUUGCAGCUGAUGCCUUUGCUUCAGACCCUAGAUAACCUGAAGGAAGGGAAGCACCACCUCCGUGUGCGGCCUGCAGACAUUCCUGUUGCAGAGCGAGCAUCUCUGAACUACUGGCGGACAUGGAAAUGCAUUAGCAAACCCUCCGAGUUUCCAAUCAAAAGCCCAGCCUUCACAGGUCUUCAUGAUAAGGCACCUUUGGGACUCAUGGACACACCACUGUUGGACACAGAAGAGGAAGUGCACUACUGCUUCCUGCCCCUCGACCUGGUAGCCAAGUAUCCAAGCCUAGUGACAGAAGACAACCUGCUGUGGCUGGCCGAAACCGUGGCCCUGAUCGAAUGCGAGUGCAGCGAGUUCCGCUUCAUUGUGAACUUUCUCCGCUCACACAAGAUCCUACUACCAGACAACUUCUCCAACAUGGAUGUGUUAGAAGCAGAGGUAGAAAUCCUGGAAAUCCCUGAGCUUACUGAAGCUGUACGACUGUACCGGAUGAGUAUGGGUGGUUGUUCCCGGGCCUCCUGUCCUCCUCCAAGCCCUGGGAAGGGGGGCCGUACAGCUAGUCUGGAGUCGGUGAAACCACUGUACAUGAUGGCACUGGGCCUUCUGGUCAAGUAUCCAGACUCUGCACUGGGACAGCUUCGCAUUGAGAGCACACUGGAUGGAAGCAGACUGUACAUCACAGGGAACGGGGUCCUCUUCCAGCAUGUCAAGAAUUGGCUGGGCACUUGCCGGCUGCCCCUGACUGAGACCAUCUCUGAGGUGUAUGAGCUUUGUGCCUUCCUGGACAAGAGGGACAUCACCUAUGAGCCAAUGAAAAUGGCUCUGAAGACUCAUCUGGAGCCGAGGACUUUGCCACCCAUGGAUGUGCUCAAUGAGGAGUGGACAGCAGAGGUCACUAUCUAUUCACCCCAACAGAUCAUCAAGCUUUAUGUUGGAAGCCAUUGGUAUGCAACCACCCUGCAGACCCUGAUGAAGUAUCCAGAACUGCUAUCCAACACUCAGAGAGUGUACUGGAUCACCUAUGGACAGACCCUGCUCAUCCACGGUGAUGGCCAAAUGUUCCGACACAUUCUCAACUUCCUGAGACUUGGAAAACUGUUUUUACCAUCAGAAUUUAAGGAAUGGCCUCUCUUCUGCCAGGAGGUGGAGGAAUAUCAUAUUCCAGCCCUCUCAGAAGCCCUUGCACAGUGUGAGGCAUACAAGUCAUGGACUCAGGAAAAAGAAUCUGAAAAUGAAGAAGCUUUUCCUAUUAGGAAGCUGCAUGUGGUGAAAGAAGGAACAGGGUCGAUGGCAGAGUUCAGUAGAGAUGCCAAGGAAACCACAACCUGCAUGCCUGUGGACUUCCAAGAUUGCGGUGACAGGACUCCAUGGAACAAGGCCAAAGGGAACCUGACCAGGUCCAGCAAGGUGGAAGAGGCUGAACAGUAUACCCGUACUAUCCAGGUCUCCCUAUGCAGAAAUGCCAAGAGGGGGGGCAAUCCCAGCACAUACUCACACUGUUCUGGCUUAUGUGCCAACCCCAGACACUGGGGAGGUCACUCUGAGAGCCCUCCCAAGAAGAAGUGUACCACUAUAAACCUCACACAGAAAUCUGAUGCCAAAGACCCUCCUGUCACCCCCAUGCAAAAGCUCAUCUCUUUGGUAAGGGAAUGGGACAUGGUCAACAGUAAACAGUGGGAAUUCCAGCCAGUGGCAGCCUCCCGGAACAGCACUUUGGAGGAGGCUACCCUGCAUGUCCCCUCAGGAAGUGAGGCUGCUUCCCAACCUGGUACCUCAGCUGCCUGGAAGACUCAUUCCAUAAACUCAGAGAAGGACACUGGUCCCCAGACUGGGCCUGGAGCUGGAGCUGGAGUGAAAGACAAGGGUCCAGAGCCAACUUUUAAGCCAUACUUCCCCACAAAGAGAGCUGUUGCCCUAAAGGACUGGGGCAAACAAAGGCCCAAGGAGAGAGAAACCCCUGCCCCUGAGCAGCCUCUGCCUACUGUUAAUGGGACAGACAACCCAGGAGCCAUCCUCAAAGUCACUCACCCUCCUGUGGUGGGUAGUGAUGGCUCCUGCAUGUUCUUUGAAGACAGCAUCAUCUAUACCACCCAGAUGGACAACAUCAAGCAUACAUCACUCACAGCCAGCCCCCAACCUCGAGAAGUGACUUUCUUGAGUUUCUCUUUGACCUGGGAAGAGAUGUUUUAUGCACAGAAAUGUCACUGCUUCCUGACUGACAUCAUCCUGGAUUCCAUCAGGCAAAAGGACCCCAAAGCUAUCACAGCCAAGGUGGUGUCCCUGGCCUACAGGCUAUGGACGCUGAACAUCAGCCCCAAGCAGUUUGUGGUGGAUUUGCUGGCCAUCCCUGGCUUCAAGGAUGACCGGCAUACUCAGGAGCGUCUGUACAGCUGGGUAGAGCUCACACUGCCUUUCGCCAGAAAGUAUGGCCGCUGCGUGGACCUGCUCAUCCAGAGGGGACUGUCUAGGUCUGUCUCGUACUCAGUCCUGGGCAAGUAUUUACAAGAGGGCUAGAGUACCAGAGAUGUUGGUCAUUGUAACUGUGGAAUGCCCAGAAUGCACAUGCUCAGC